GACCCCGUUACCAGGGGCCAUUCUGUCUUCUGCAGUAUGGCUUUGGUCCUCUCCUCAUGCAAUCUCCUCUGAUUCCGUGAUGUUAAUGGCGCAUCUUCAUAAUAAACAAAGCCAGGUGCUCCAAUGUCGAAACCCCCGCUCUUCUAAAACUGACUGUUCCCCGUAGAGAAGGGCCAGAAAAUCUGGGCUUGUUAUCGUUUCCCUAAACGAGAAAACCUCCGUUUGGCUGUCGAGAAAAUUAAAGCUUUGUGAACCUUUUGAGAGAGGAUCUCCGGAAGGUUCGAAAAGGCCGGGGGGUUCAGGUGGGGCCCCAUUGAUCGCGAGGGGUGUCCGUUUGAGCCCCAACAUAGCUUGGGGAAUUUAUGAGCUCGAGAUCCCGAAAAUCGGUACAGGGAUUUGUUUUCCGUGCGUUUCGUGGACUCUAUAUUAAUCGAUGCUCGGCUUUUCCCAUUUCCGGUUGAUAAGCUCGAAAAUUUAUUUCCUUUGUUUUUUGGUUGGCAGUGGUUGGAGUAAGAUGAGGUGGGUGGCUUGUAUUCUAAGAUGCUCCAUGUUGCUGAUGCUUCUGGGUUUGGCUUCAAUACUUGCAAAUGCCUCUCCCAUCAAGAAUGAUUUUGGGCAUUGUGAAAGAGUUGUAAAAAAGUGGGCAUUUUCUUCCCUUGAUCAAGAAGUUAAAGAAGAUAGACACACCUUGCAGGAUUUACUGUUUUUUCUCCAUGUCCCCAGAACAGGAGGCAGAACAUAUUUCCAUUGCUUUUUGAAAAAGUUGUACUCUAAAUCUCUGGAAUGCCCCCGUUCUUAUGAUAAGCUCCGGUUUGAUCCGAGAAAGCCAAAGUGCAGGUUGUUGGUUACUCAUGAUGACUAUAGCAUGAUGUCCAAACUUCCCAAUCAUAGAACUUCUGUGGUGACAAUACUUAGGAAUCCAGUUGACCGUGUUUUCAGUACUUAUGAAUUUUCAGUUGAGGUGGCUGCUAGAUUUUUGGUCCAUCCUAACUUAACGUCUGCAACACAAAUGGCUGGGCGUUUACGGGCUAAGAUGAGAGGAGUUAGUACACUGGAUAUAUGGCCAUGGAAGUAUUUGGUUCCAUGGAUGAGAGAAGACCUCUUUGCUCGGAGAGAUGCUAGAAGACAAAAAGGCUCAGAUGACACUAAGAGCAGUGGUUCAUAUGACAUGAAUGAAAUUUUUAUGCCAUUGCAUGAAUACAUCAACACCCCUAUGGCGCAUGAUAUUGUUCACAAUGGAGCCACUUUCCAGGUUGCAGGAUUGACAAACAACUCUUAUCUAGCAGAAUCACAUGAGGUGCGCCAUUGUGUACAGAAGUAUAAGAUUCUUGGUGAACAUGUGCUUCAAGUUGCAAAGAAGAGGUUGGACAAUAUGUUAUACGUUGGUCUCACUGAGGAGCACAAAGAAUCUGCAACAAUGUUUGCAAAUGUAGUUGGUGCACAGGUGAUUUCCCAGCGAAGAGCAUCAGCCAUGAGCCUGGAGAAUGUAGCUAAUGAAAAUUCAGAACAGAACUCUUUGUUGUCAGAUUCUGAGUUUGAAAAUGAUUAUGAUUUAGAUGACUUUGUACAUAGCACUAGUCAAGUUUAUCUUCUUGUGCUGCAGAACAGAACUCUUUGUUGUCAGAUUCUGAGUUUGAAAAUGAUGACCACCAGAAUAGCAGUGUUGACCACAAUGCAAGUCAGGUUGCUUCCACUGAAAAUGGUGAAGCAACGAAACAAAAUGAAGGAGCAAGGGCGCAGGCGCACUGCUUCUUUGAAGAGAAUCUCCCCUGCAAAAUUUUCAAAGGAGGGACGUCGUCAGGUUCCUGAAGUGGUUCUCCAGCAGAUAAAAUCACUUAACAGCCUUGAUUUGGAGCUCUACAAGUAUGCUGAAGACAUUUUUGCAAAGCAACACAAACAUACAAUGGAGAAGCUUUUUGCCAUAGAAAAGUGGGAGAGUAUGUUUAACAAAUCAGAUGGAGCUGUGCUAUGGAAAGUCUUUGCAUUGGCCACGACCCUGAUCUUACUCUUUCUUUUUGUAAAUUCAAGAAGAAGAAUAUCCAAAAUUAAGAUAUAAAUGUUUUUUGAUCACAAAUCGUAGGGGUUGCAAGGCUUACAAAAAUCGAGAGAUGCCAUCGAGUAGUUGUUUUCAAUUUAGUGUCCAUGCUCGGCUCAAGCCACUUAUAGUAGAAGCUCAACCAUGGACCAAAUAUUAUGUGCAAAGUGAAAGUUUGAUGAUAUUGCUUUUCAACAUUGCCCUCAUGAUGUAUUGCACAGAAAAUGAUUGGUCAAGACACUCAUGCAGUUGGAUUUUCCUCUUAAA